AUGGAUGAAUCUGGCGAGAGAGAGGCCUUGUUACCUGACGGCGCUUCUGAUCGGAAACGAAGGACCGAAUAUGAAUCGACAUUGAGAAGACGGUUGUCGUCAAAUCUGCCGCCUUACCAUGAGGAUCAUACAUCUUCCUCAGAACCUUCCUCAACAUUAGCCAUCAGGGUUGUAGUUCCUAUCUCUCUACUAGGUGUCUUUGUUGCCAACGCGGACGGAUCUCUUGUCGUCGCAUCAAGCCAGCAAAUUGCAUCCGAGUUCAACGCUAUGUUUGACGCACAAUGGCUCGUCACAAGCUUCGUCCUCGCCCAGUGUGCUUCUCAACCCUUGUACGGCAAAUUGAGUGAUGUGUUCGGACGGAAAAUCAACCUCGUUGUCGCCUAUACUUUCUUCGCGGUGGGAUGUUUCGUCUGCGGCUUUGGUCAUGCCUAUUGGCAGGUCCUCUCAGGUCGAGCAAUAUCCGGAGUUGGCGGCGCUGGCAUGACCGCAUUAGUCUCAAUCAUAAUCGCCGACAUGGUUCCUGUUCGAGAUGUCGCAGCCUGGAGGAGCUAUGUCAACGUCGCAGCGACCACUGGCCGUGCAUUGGGAGGGCCAGUUGGUGGAUGGCUCUGCGAUACGAUAGGGUGGCGCUGGUGCUUCUACGGCCAGGUGCCUUUGGCAGUAAUUGGGCUCGUACUCAUCAUGUGGAAGAUGCCAACAAGACAAUCCGCGAUGCUGAAUGUUGAAGAGCAAUCACUGACACAGAAGUGGAAGAGGGUCGAUGUUAUUGGUGCAAUUGCCAUGGCUUCUGCUAUAAGUGCCUUCCUAAUCACCCUGGAUUUUGCUGCUGGAGAGUCGUCACCCUCGCACGUCCUGGUCUCUGGGUUCUUGUUUCUACUUAUGGCAACCAUUUUUUGCGUCAUCGAGAAGUCUUGGGCCAAAGAGCCGAUUCUUCCCCUGCAUCUUCUUACAACACGACCAGCCUUGACUGCCUAUCUGCUAGCUGGCUUCCAGGUCGCCGCCCAGUACGGUGUCUUCUACUCCACACCACUGUACUACCAGAUCGUGGCCCAUAGCACCGUAGCGAAAGCCGGCCUCCGUCUUGUUCCGGCCGUCGUAGGCAACGCUACCGCCGGUCUUCUAUCAGGAUGGAUCAUCUCACGCACAGGCCGUUACAAACCUCUGACAAUCUUGUCCAGCGCCAUUGCCUGUCUCGGAUACACGCUUGUAACAAUCCGAUGGCGCGGAAGUUCGAAUUGGGCGGAAACUCUAUACAUAUUCUGCGGUGGGUUCGGAUCGGGUGCGAUCCAGUCUACUACCUUUAUCCAUCUGGCAGCAAGCCUCGAUCCGGAGGACAUGGCGAUUGCCGGCACCACGCUCUAUCUUGCGCAAAACCUGUUUCUGUUGAUCGGCAUCCAAUCUGCCACGACGAUCUUGCAUGCUCAGCUGAAGGGGAUGUUGGACGUUUUGCUCGAGGGCGUGAAACGCAAAGCAGAAAUCAUUGAGCUCGCAAUAUCUAGCGUCAGAGCGAUUCGACAGCUACCCGCUCACAUUGAAGCGAUUGUUGUGCGAGCAUACAUCAACAGUCUUACCUGGACCUUUGGGGCUUCCUUGGUCUAUGCUUUGCUGGGCUUGUUUGCUGGCAUCACCCUCCGAGAAAGCCGGCUCAAUUGA